AUGUCGCUGGCGGUCGUACUCGCACUGCCGGACCUCGUCGAGGCCAUCAUCGGCUUCGUCCCGUGCCCGUACGCAGCGCACGCCUUCCUCCAGCUCCUGCCUCUCGAUGGGCUUUCCAGCGGCCUCCAGGGCUACCUCGCCCUCGCGCGCCACCUGCCGCCCAGCCAGCUCUGGCCGCGCAUGCCCACGUCGUCUCUCGCACGCACCGACCUCGCGGCUUUGGCCUGUGCGUCGCUUCCCGAGAUUGGCGUGCUCGACAUUGAUACGUGGCGGUCGCCGCUUCUCCCGUGGCUGUGCACGUACCCGACGCUGCCAUUCGCCGUCUCGGCGCCGGCCUCGAUGCAGAGCGCUGCGUCCUGGCACGGCCGCCGCCUCCUCGCCUGCGCACUCACGCUGCAGUCGUUCGACACGAUCGACCAGUUCGAAAGCGUCGCAGCCUGGCUCGAAACCGCGCCCGCGCUCCGGCAUCUGCAGGUGCGCCACGAAGCCGACGUGACCAACGCCGAGGGCCUCGCGCGCUUGCUGGCCGCCGUCGCCGCGUCGCGCGUCGUGGAGCUGGAUGUCGCCAACGACACGGACGAUCGCUUUAGCGAAGCGCUCUACACGUGGCUAGGAACGUGGCUGCGAGAGAGUCCGCGUCCACGCGCGCUGCGGCUCACGGCGCUGCACGUGCCGGACGCCGAGAUGGUAUCGAUGCUCGUCUCGGCGUUGCGCGCAUGCAGCUCUCUGCGCGAGCUCAGCUUGGCCUUUAUGGACGACGUCGCGACCGCGCUCUUCCAGGCGCCGCUGCCUCGCACGCUUCGGCGCCUCAGCCUCAACAUCUCCCGCAUCCGAACGGGCGACGACUUUGUGCAGGCCAUUCGCGGCAGCCAUCUCACGCACAUUGCGCUCGUGAACCGGACGCGGCAGCUCGGACCGACGUACGACAAGACGAUGGCCAAGGUGCUCUACGGCCUCGGCACCCUCCCGCAGGUGCGGAGCAUCGAGCUCACGUACAUCAGCAUGGGUCUGCGAUCGAAAGCGGCGCUGGCGGCGGCGCUCGUAGCGGUUGCGCCGACGCUGGAGACGCUCUCGCUCACGUGCUUUGGCUCGACGCCGCACUACCUUCCCGGCUGGCUCGCGCCUGUGCUGCUGCAGUGCACGGCCCUGCACCGCCUCGCGCUGCGCAACGUCUACUGGUCGGCGGCCGACGUCUGCGACUGGCCCGUCUCGCCGACGCUCCGGUUCGUGUGCGUCCGCGGGAGCAAGUUGGAGUGCGACGGUCGGGCGCUCGCGAGCAAGGUCGACUUGUGCUGCCUCGACGAUGCCGUCGCUUGCCACUUGGGGGACCCUGGUCGCAGCAUCCAUGGCGUCCACGGCGACGGCAGCAACCACUAUGACUGUUUUUGGCGCAAAGUCGGAGUGAUGGUCAUUUACCCCAAUGUCCCAGCUGGACGUCGGCGGUUUGCCCCAUUUCUCGAUCGCAACAAUGAGCGGCCCGACGAAGCGGGCCAAGACGAAGCCAUCGGCCAAGCGCGCCAAGACGACGAUCGCGCCGAUGGAGAUGUGGGUCGAGACGCGCUCCUUCAGCUGACGACCUACAUGGAGCCCAAGGAAGCCCUGCGGCUCUCGAUGACGAGCAUGCUCAUGCACGACGCGAUGGACGACAGCGUGUGGCGGCCGAUGCUCUUGGGGACGUGCGAGGUCAAGCCGUCGCUGCUCAAGCCCCGCACGCAGACGCGCAAGAUGGUCGUGAACCUCGCGCAGAAGAAGAGCUGCGUCCUCUGCGACCGCUUUGAGCCCGACGGGUGCCAUACGAUCAAGGUCUACACGGUGCAUCGCGGCAAGAAGCUCUGCAACCGCUGCGUGCGACUCCCGAUGUUCACCGAGAUCGGCCACAUGGAGGCGAUGCGCAAGUACCAGCUCAAGCACAAGGAGCUGCAUGAGCUUCCCUGCCGGCUCGUCGCGACGACCUUUGACAUUGCGCGGGGCGAGGGCUUCAAGACCAAGAUGUACAACCAUCAGGCCGUCUUGGACCUCCUCGCGCGAGUGCGCCCGUAGCC